CAGCUCACUGCUGCAACACCUAUCACGAGGCGUGUGCUCCGGCUUCCGCUUCCUCCCCCUCCCUCUGUUUUCUCCUCCUCCUCCUCUUUCCCCUGAGCGCCGUCGCCACCUCCUCCUCCAAACAACACGGCGCUUCUACAUCACCCGACAACAUGGAGGCCGUCAAAACCUUUAACAGCGAGUUGUACUCGCUCAAUGAUUACAAACCUCCCAUCUCCAAGGCCAAAAUGACACAGAUCACCAAGUCUGCAAUUAAAGGCAUAAAGUUUUACAAGCAUGUUGUUCAAAGUGUUGAGAAGUUUAUACAAAAGUGCAAACCAGAAUACAAAGUUCCUGGACUGUAUGUUAUUGACUCCAUUGUUCGACAAUCUAGACAUCAGUUUGGUCAAGAUAAGGAUGUUUUUGCACCAAGGUUCAGCAAUAACAUAAUCAACACUUUCCAGAACUUAUAUCGAUGUCCUACAGAUGACAAGAGCAAGAUUGUAAGAGUAUUGAAUCUGUGGCAGAAAAACAAUGUUUUCAAGAGUGAAAUUAUCCAACCUCUUCUUGAUAUGGCUGCUGGUAUUCAUCCCCCUGUUGUCACACCCGUCUUUCCUAGUACUGCUGCAGCUGUUGGCAAUACACCUGGGACACCAGCUACCCCGGUUACUCCCGCAAAUGCAUCUCAAAGCAUGUCUGACCCAUGGAUUGCCCAAAUAACCAGUACAGACACCCUCGCUGCAGUAGCUCAGAUAUUACAAAGCCCUCAGGGACAACAGCUUCAGCAUCUGGUUCAGUCUUUACAUGUACAGCAACAAAAGCCCCAGCCUUCACUUCUCCAGGCACUAGAUGCUGGACUUGUGGUUCAGCUGCAAGCACUCACUGCUCAACUUACAGCUGCUGCUGCCACAUCAACCCCCAUGACCCCGUUGGAGCAAAGUGUAUCCCUCAGCAAGAAAUUAAUGGACAGGUUUGAUUUUGGGGAUGACACUGCCCAGAAUGAAGAGCCAAAAAAGGAGGUCUCAUCAAUCCCUCUUACAUCGGAGUCUGUGAAUAAUUCCCUUUUCCAUCAACUGGCGGAACAUUUACAGCAACAAAAUCUGGAACAUCUCCGCCACCAAUUCUUGGAGCAGCAGCAGCAGCAACAACAGCAGCAGCAGCAACAGCAUACUUCAAAGGUGGCUCUUCAGGAAACCCAGGACAUGAUGUCUGAAUCAGAAAACUCUGCUACACCAUCCCAGGAUGACAGCCAGCAAGCAUUUUUAGAGAAAGAUCUGCCACAUCAUAAUUCACAAAAUAUAGAGGAAGAGGAUAUGGAUAUUGACGAAAUACAAGAUGUAACUGAGGAGAUGUUUGAAAAGGAAGAAAAGAAGAUUGUAAAAGAUGAAAAGCCGAGGGCACGUUCUAAAUCACGAUCAAGAUCACCUAGGAAAAGACGUUCAAGAUCCCGAUCUGGAUCAAGAAAGCGCAAGCACAGAAAACGUUCUCGCUCCAAGUCAAGGGAAAGAAAGCGAAAGACCUCGCGCUCCUACUCAAGUGAGAGAAGAGCUCGAGAACGAGAAAAAGAACGUCAGAAAAAGGGUCUGCCUCCUAUUCGGUCCAAAACUCUCAGUGUGUGCAGUACUACACUCUGGGUUGGACAGGUUGACAAAAAGGCAACACAACAAGAUUUGACCAAUGUGUUUGAAGAGUUUGGACAGAUUGAAUCUAUUAAUAUGAUUCCACCUCGAGGUUGUGCCUAUGUCUGUAUGGUUCACAGACAAGAUGCAUUCAGAGCUCUUCAGAAGCUUAGCGCUGGCUCUUGUAAGAUCGGAUCGAAAGUCAUUAAGAUUGCUUGGGCGUUAAAUAAAGGCGUAAAAACAGAGUACAAGCAGCUCUGGGAUGUUGAUCUUGGAGUGACAUAUAUUCCUUGGGAAAAAGUGAAAAUGGAUAAUCUAGAAGAUUUUUCCGAAGGUGGAAUGAUUGAUCAAGAAACUGUUAAUAAUGACUGGUCAAAUCAAAGAACUGCAGAACCUACUGUAACUAAGGAGCCAAUUUCUGUACCAGCUCCCACUACUACUGUACAGAGUCCAGUGAUUCCAAAAUCCACCAAUCCACCAAUAACAGCGCAAACAGAGGCCUAUACCCAGCCAGUUGCAAUGCUGCAGAUUCCAGUUGCACCAACUGUCCCCGCUGUUCCUGCUGUCCCCGCUGUUCCUGCUGUAAGUUUGGUACCACCUGCAUUCCCUGUCUCCAUGACGGUUCCCCCUCCGGGCUACACCACUCUUCCUCCACCUCCAUUCAUGCGUGCAGCUUUCAACCCUUCACAGCCACCACCAGGUUAUAUUUCACCACAUGUGCCACCACCUUCCAUCCCUCCUCCCGCAAUUAGCUCAGCUAUCCCAACAGCACUAGUUCCACGACUGCCCAUCUCUGCAGAUGCAAUGAAAGAGGUUUCAUAUGGCAACCUGAUGUUACCUGUUGGAUCAGGAACCACUUCAGCGCCCACGGCAUCUGUGUUUAACCCAGCUUUAAAUACACAAGCAGAGCAAGAAAAUAAAAGACAACCCACUAUGGAAAACCUCACAGAAAGAUCUUCAAAUGCCUCUCUAAACACUGUGGUGAACAGUGCUGGGAUCUUGACAAUGCAGCCACAACCCCCUCUCACGGCACCUGUUCCUCAUUUGAGCAUGCAAGGUAGAAUUGCAGGAAUGCCCUUCCUAGAUAUUCGUCCCGGAUUACUGCACCAACCGGCAAGAUUUGCUUUAUUAACUCCUGCAAUGCCACCUCUACCACCAUCAAGGAGCAUGCUUCCACCAGCUCUUAUUGACCCUACUGUGCAUUCUCUUCCUUUCCCGCCAGGGGAUAUUUUCCCUCAUCUAAAUAUUCCAAGUAGACUGAAUUCUGAUAACACUCCUACUCAAGAAGAAAGUGUACCUUUGCCGGGCAGUAACAUUCAACAAGAAGGAGACCAGGAUUACCGUUUUCCACCAGUAGAAAAUGUCGGGCAGUCGUCUGAAAGUGAACAUAAUGAAGCUAUACCAGCCACAGCUGCCCAAGAAAAUAAAGGUGCGAUGUCUGCAGAGGAAAUUGAGGUUAAUGCUAGACAUGCAGUAGAUAAUCAUGAGCUACAGGACAUGGCUGUUGUAGAUCCUUCUGAGGGACAGGAUAAACUUCCUGAAUGUGGUGCUGGGUACUUAUCUGUGGAAGGUUCCCAUGAAACUGAGAGCAAAGCUGAUGCACGGUCUCUUGAAAGUCUUAGAGCAUCUGAUCACCUUUCUUAUGAAAGUAAGCUAAGAAAUAUCCCCGAUUCUCAUGACAGUGAAUUGAAACCACCAUUAGAAGGUAGGCUGCAAUUCGCAAACUCCCCAGUAGAUAUAUUACCACCAUUUGGGAGACAUCCAUUGGAGAUGAGAGAAAUGUUUAACAGGCCACCACCAGAUGGACGUGAUCAUUUUGGUAGACCUAUUCCAGAGAAUCACCUUGGGAGACUACCCAUGGAUAGUAAAGAUCAUUAUGGACAACCUAUACUAGAGGGCAGAAAUCAGUUUGGAAGGUCACCAAUGGAUGGGAGAGAACAUUUUGGAAGACCUCCCCUGGAUGUAAGGGAUCAUUUUGGAAGAGUACCUUCAGAUGGUGGUAGAAGGGAGCAAAUAAUGUUUCACCCAGAUAAGCCAUGGGGACAUAGAGGUGAUUUUGAUGAAAGACAACACUUUCCUUUCACUGGUUUUGGUGGUCCAAAGGGCUUUCAAGAUGAAAGACAUCGCCAUGGCAACUAUAGACAUGAGCCUAGGAAUGCGCCGGGUUGGAACAGAGGAUUUGAACCAGAGGCUAACAGAGAUUUGGAUGAACGUCGACGCCCUUGGGAGAGACAGAGAGAUAGAGAUGAUCGAGAAUUCGGUUUUCGACGAGAAAUGAAUGGCAACCGCUUUGGAAGGGAGAGGCCGUCCAGCAACUGGAUGCCUCCUCACUCACAAAUGUUUGAAUGUUUUGCAGAAGCCAACGCUACUAACCAGAAAGAGGAUAAAGUGCCUCAGGUUAAUGGAGAUCUGCCAGAGACUGGCGGUCAAACACAAACUGCUAAAAACGCAAAUGAUCCUGAACUUUGUGAGAAAAAAUCAUCAGGCAAAGUAACUGAAGAGAAGGAUACCAAGGAUGCUGAAGUAGAAAGUCAACAAAUGGUUGAAAGCACAGAAACUGAGGGGACAUAAUCAUCACUCAGUAGGUAAAGAUACCUUUUGUAAAGUUGUCAUCUCUAAGUAAUAGAUUAAUGGCUGAUUGGACCUUACUAGUUUGCUUGUUGUCAGCCAAUCUUAAAUUUAAUCUAACGUUACUGUUCACCUUUCACUUAAUGUACAACUGACUUGUAUAGAUUGCUCUUAAUCUGAAGAUGAUAGGUAGAGAUUUUUUUUUUAUUUUUAAAUUAGAAAUCACAAGCAUUGCCCCACGUGCUUUUAUCAUCAAACACCUGUGAAAUGUCCAGCAAAAAGACUUCCUAUGGAAGAAUAUAAAAAUUGUACAGCAGUUGAUGAGUUGAAUUUUUGGGACUGGUUGCAUUUCAGGCUGCUGAUUUUUUUUAAAGUCUAGACAAAGGUGGGAUUAUUUUUAUGUUGCUGUUAAUUGGCUUAAAUAAUAUUUGGCGGAUCGCAGUACUAAGAUACAAAAGACAAGAAAAUAGUACAAGGUUUGUAAAAUCCACACCACAGUCCAUGUAAUAAUCCAAAGUUAAGUAUCUGUGAUUUGUUUCUUGUACUGCAGUGAGUAGAAAAAAAAAUGUUUAAUGUUGGGUGCAUUUUGUUUUUAGAUCCUAAUAAAACAUCUGUUUGAUA